GACUUUUGAGACAACAAUAUUGUGCUGUGAUGGUACCAACAAGUUUCACCCAUUAUUCUAAAACGGUCUAUGCAAGUCAUUUAGAGUGUAAGCAAUGGUUCAAAUAGCCUGCUAGCUAACGUAAACUAUGGAAGUAAUGUCGCGCUCACUGACAUCCAGUUCUUCGUCCAGAUUACAACAUUCUUCUGUUGAAGAGAAGGAUGACACGGCCUACCUUGCUGCAUUGACAGCUCAAAGAAAUGCCAACGCUUUCUUUGAGAAGUACGAAAAGGGUGAAGUUCAGGAGUUGCUGAGCCUGACCUCUUGUAACUGGUUUCUGGGUGGCGAUGACUUCACUCAGCCAGUUGAAAUGCCGCCAGGCAUAAUCAAACAAAUGAGGAACUUCACCGACUCAAACUGCAUCAUUCUCGCACCUGUGGAUGCCCGAGUCCCUCUUGAUUACAAGGUGGUCCAUCAAAUAGUCCGAGAGCUCACAGUUGGCAUCUAUUGUUUCAACCAAGUGCCAUUUAUAAGUCUUGAGCCAAACUUUGACCAGAGCACCUCGUGCCAACUGUCUCCAGCAUAUUAUGAUACGAAAGUAGGUCAAAUUUUGGUUAAUAUUGACUACACUAUCAAGGCUCUUUGGCAUGGAGCCUAUAUUCCUAGAGAAAAUCGCAUUCGCUUCUCUGAACUCUGGAGAAGCAGCAUGGGUGUCGACUCAAAUGGAGUACCCCAGACGAAGAAAGAUGUGUUUGCAGAGUUUCUCACUGCAGGUCUUCAGGACAUCUCAGAGGAGCCCUGUUACCAGGGCAUAUACAACAUGGAAGUCAGUGUGGAUCCUACCUACGACCCCAACAGUGCAGAGGAGGAGAGCCUUUUUUCCCAACACCAGGAGAGCAUCCUGCUUAAGCUGACAUCCUACCUGUCCUCUGCCCGACAGCACGGCAACCUGUUUGUGUUCGAGGGCGCCCACAGUCUGGCCAGUGUGGUGAGGCUGACUGAGGAGAGGCUGGAGCUGGCCACCUACCAGAGGCUGCAGCAGAGGCUGGGUCUACAGGCAGGCCUGGUUAGGGGCUGCUUGGAGAGGAAGGCAGAGGUGUGCAGAGACCUGGCUUACCUGCGCCUCCUCACCUUCCUGGUGCCCUUCCUGGUAGGGCUAAAGAAGAGGAUGAAGAUCCCAGACCUGGCGCAGAUGCUGCCUGCUUACUCAGAUGAUAAACUGAAGACAGAGAGGGAAUUACCACCAUUGCUCCUUGGACCUGCGUUCGCCUGUAAACAUUUUCCGUACAAGUCAGAUGAGUAUUUUCACCUUCACGGUGGGAUUGAAGUUGACAUCGGAACCCCUCAGCUGGAGGAGGUCUCUGAGGAAACAAAGGAGGCCUUUGCUGCACUGCAGAGUCUUGCAGUGGAUCACCUAAGAGACCUGCUAAGUCAGGACACCACCUACAAAGAGCACUUCCCCGUACCAGUCCACAAGGUCAACGGCAAUAACUAUCAUGUGAUCUCCAUUGAGGUGGGCUCAUUCUACCCUCAGCCUAACGUGGUUCCAUGGUGGGAGGCCCUCAACACUGCCGUCAAAACCCUGAGAGGGAAGAGACUGCCUCUCUCUGACGUUCAGCUGCAUGAGCAGUUCAAGAAGACAUUUGGCUACAAAAAGGCCAUCAAUUGCAAGAGUGUGCCAUUCGGCCUGCGUGCUGCGGCAGAGCGCGGCCUAUCCGCUGUGUUCUACUCGCUGUGCCGCCGGAACUCUCCAUCUCACCUGGGAGUCCUGGACGAGCAGGGCUACUCCCUGCUGCACCACGCCGCCAAACACAACCACACACACAUCAUCUGCCAGCUGGCCACCACCGGGGUCAACCUCAACCAGACAAGCAGCGGCAGGUUCAGCCGCACAGUGAAAUCUGGAGGUGGUGUUGGGCCCCCAAAAGGAGCUGGCUCCACUCCCAUGCACCUGGCUGCUCAGUGUGGUUCCCUGGAGGCCAUCAGCUGUCUGCUGGCUCUGCAGGCCGACCACCGGCUAGUGGACCGCAGGGGCUGGAUGGCUGUGCACUUUGCUGCCUACUACGGCCAGGUGGCCUGCAUACAGGCCCUUUGCAGGAAAGACCCAGAGCUGGUGGAGAUGCAAACCACUGCCGAGUACCGCAGCUGCCCGUUGCUCCUGACGGCCACGUCGGGCUCCGUGGAUGGCCUGGACUACAUGCUGUCCGCAGGAGCCGACUGGCGGAGGAGGGACAGCAAGGGCAACGACGUUGUGCAGCUGGCCGCCCUCUACUUCCACCCCAAAGUCCUCAGGCACCUCAUCUCGCUGGGCCUGCCGGACCUGCCUGUCUGGAAGAUCCUCGUGGAGAUGCUGCACAGCGAGGACCACCGCAGGCUGGAGAUGGCCAUACGCUGCCUGGAAGCUCUGUGUGUCACAGCCAAGUCCUUCUGGAGGGAUAUCAUGGAUGCAGGAGGGAUCCCGGCCCUGUUGGAGCUAAUGCGCAGCACAAGACCAGCGCUGCAACGUAUGGCUGCCGCCGUGGUGUGUCACAUCUCGGAGAGGACGCCCGUGUGUGAGGCCCUGGUGCGCUAUGGUGCCGUGCCGGUGCUGAUCAAUCUGCUGGGCAGCCAGCAGGCCGAGCUCCACUCCCGCUGUGCCCUCAUGCUGGCAGACCUGGCAGGGCACAGUGACCAGUACCAGUCCCUCAUAGCCCAGCAGGGUGGAGUGGCCCCGUUGGUGAGGCUCCUGGGCUCGGACCUACAUGAUGUGCUGGUGAACACUGUGCGGUGCAUCAAGGCGCUGUGUGUCCAUAGCCCCGGCAACCAGACGGCCGUGGCUCUGGCUGGGGGGAUUCCACAACUUGUGGAGCUCUUGACUGUCAGAUCAGAAGUGUUGCAAGAGGAGGUGUGCGCGGCUCUGGCUGAGCUGGCUAAGGGACACCGGGAGAACCAGGACACCAUCUGUGGAGCGGGCGCCGUGGCCCCGUUGGUGCUCAUACUGCGGGGGAGGAAGAUAGCCGCGCAGGUGAAGGCGGCCAGAGCCCUGGAGGCCAUCGCCGAUCACAACCCUGCCAUACAGGCCCGCUUUCUGAAGAAGUCGGCCGCCAAGCACCUCCUACGACUCUUAAAGGUGUUCCAGGUGGAGGCGAGGGAGCAGGGGGCCGUCUCUCUAUGGGCCUUGGCAGGACACACUCUGAAGCAACAGAGACUCAUGGCAGAGCACAUCGGCUACCACUUCAUCCUCGAGCUCAUCCUCUCCUCCUCCGACAGGAUGCAAUACGUCGGCUGCCAGGCAGUUAUAGCACUGAGCAGGGACAGUCGGAGCCACCAGGACGGGCUGUGUAAAGAAAAUGGGGUGCCCCCACUGGUUCGUCUACUACGGGGGUCCCGGACCACAGAGAGUACCCUCCUCAGCGUUAUACGAUCCCUGGGCAUCCUGUGUAUUGGAGGGGCACACACCAAUAACCCAAACAGCCAGAGGGUCAUAGCUGAGGAGCAAGCCAUUCCAACUCUGUUAGAACUUGUGAAGCACCAACAAUCACUGCAGGUCAAGGUCCAAGUGGCUCAAACGCUGGCCUGUGUGCUGCUUGGAAACCAGGACCUACAAACAACCUUCUGGGAAAAAGAGGAGUUUACCUACAAAACAGUUCUAGAGUUGCUGCGAGUGCCAGAUCAGCAGGACAUCUCCCUGGAGGCUGGUUAUGCCCUGUCUCUGUUUGCCUACAACAACACCACCCAGCAGGCAGCCAUCCUGCAGAAUGGGGGCAUUCCCAUAGCCAUGUACGAGCCCUUCUUGAACUCCAGGAACGAGAUGGAGAGGGCCAAAGCUGCUUUUCAGAUAGUUGUGCUGGCCAAAGUGAUCACGGACAUGGACCAGGUGACUCUGUCUGCCAGAGGGGUGACUGUCCUUGUAGACCUUCUGCAGUCCACUAAUCCCAACACUGUGGUCCUGACAGCUCAGUUGCUAGCCAGUCUGGCUCACACCCGGGCAGGCAUUCCUGAUGCUAUUGUCACCAUGGGAGCUGUUGGUCACCUAUGUGCUCACCUGUAUUCUGAGGAGGAAGAGGUGCGAACAGCAUCUUCAAGUGCCCUCGGCUACCUCACCUUUAACCGUCACGCACAUCGCCUCUUGUUGGUGGAAUGUCGAAACACUCCAUCUAUGUACGACCUUUUGACCCAGCAUCUCAUCGAGGACGCCAAGAUCUCACACAUUUUUACUGCGGAGUUCGAAAGGCAGAAAAUAGUGGGGCUGCCAUCACUAAGUUUGGAGAUAAAUGGUGGCCCACCUGUUCCUCAGCGCAACAAAAAAGGUUUGUCCAAAAAGACAAGCCGCACUCCUGGCCUGUCAGUGUCUGCAGGCCACUUUGGGAGGAGCAGCUCGGCCCCAGUUCUCCAGCUUCAACCCCAGAGGAGCAGGACAGCCAACCCUAAGGUUAGGCUGCAGGGAGAGGGGCCAACCCAUAGCUCCCAGCCCACCCUGGAGUCACUGAGGCUGGAUAAGGACAGCCAGCGGCCCCGGCAAAGGCAGUGACCCCUGGAGGUCAGCCUAGGAUCUAGCCUGACUGGGCUAGCUUAAAGUAGUAGUGAACUUAUGACUCAGGGAGCCAUUCUAUUUAUGUUCAAGAUGAAUGUAUUACAUUUAUAUUAUUAAUGGAAAUGACUGACUUAAUGGUAUAAUAUAUUGGAAGUCAAUUGAAUAAAAAAACAAAAUGAAACACCUAA